AUGCAGAGAGGCGCCAAAGUGGGACGCAUCUCCUUGACCGAUGCCUGCACUAUAAAUGCCGCUCACUUCGAGCACGGUGGGGUCUUCCGUGACAUCGUGCAAGAUAUCCGCAUCUUCGAGUACUUCCUGGAACCAGCCUCUGUUACCGAACCCCUCAUCCCACACGUACAACAGCUGUGGGAUAUCCUGUCCAUCAUCAUCCAGGAUGCCACACGUUUGGAGCAGCUGGUAGUAGCCGCACUGGACCUCCAAGGAGGAGACUGGCCCACGGUCCUGUCACGACCGUGCGUUCAGGCUUUCGCAAACUCAGGCCUGAAGAGUCUCCGUGAACUCAGGUUGGAGCGCAUCAUGAUCCCGGUGGACACACUUCUCCUGCUGGUCGAAAGCUGUGCAGCAACGCUCGAGUCUAUCAAGCUGAAGUAUUGUGCGCUAGUAGGAGACGAUCCGUACAGGGUCCUUUUCCGGUCGCUAAAUGCGAUGUCUCGUCUUCAGGUGCUUACCUUCUGCCAGCUCGCCAGACGUGCACAGGACGACGCCAAGUUUCACGAAGAUGGCUAUCAAGGGGCCUCAUUCUUGCUGCCGGGCGAGGCCACUGACCGGCGUACUAAUGAAACGCCCAACCGCAAAUCUACAGAGUCUACGCCCUUCAUCGAGCUCAAUAUCAAACACGGUGUUCAGUACGAAUGA